AUGACGGAGGUUGGAGGAAGUAAUAGUAACAGUGGGAGUAUGCUUCCGGCACACCUACUUGAACGCCUUGAAAUGAGGGAUGCUCAACGGAGGGCUGCAGCAGCCAGUUCUGAAACGACAGAAGCUAGAAAGCGUGGAGAAGCAUCUGGUGAGCAUAUCGUCCUGCCUCCGUUGAAUCUUCUUAAUUCGGAAGAGGAGGAACCGAUUUUUGCCUCUCCAGCCCACAACACCCCCUCUUAUUUUCUGGCGAAUAUGACGAGAGCUAAGGCAAUGCUACUUCAGCGAAUUGACCGGCUGGAGGAAAGGUGCCAAGUCGCAGAGGGUGCACCUGAACUCACAGAACGCAAUAAGAUGUUGGAUGAUCUGUUGGAUCAAAUUGAAGAACUGCAGCGUUGGUUCUCGGAGUCAUCACCUCAUCUCAAGCCAUUUGAUGUCCAACAGGCCCGUCGAAAUGUUGAUGAUCUCAAAAUUCGUUUUCAAGAAUUGCGCGCUUCCAUAAUGCCAAAGAGGAAGUUCAAAUUUGGAGCUAGUGCUGGGAGGAAGCCCCUAACAAAGUCCGCAGCCUCUGACAACGCAUCUAUUGAAAUCAACAAGGCGGCUCCUAAGAAACCAGCCGAUAAUCUUCAUCCCACUCCAAUUUCUUCCGAAUUCUCCCUAUCCGGACUCUCAAACCGUCACGAUCUCCGUUUACCGGCUAUUGAUAGGGAAUCAGACAAAGACUGCCUUCGUGAUCAGUCUUUAUGUCUAACAGAUUUAACUGACUGUAAAGUUACAAUAACUUCAUCUUGUGGAAAUUUGAUGGCCUCCCGUCUCUCAAAGUGCCUAAUCAAAAUCCUUCGACCGGUAGGCAGUUCUGUAAUGCUGCAGGACUGUGUGGGGUGUCAAUUUGUGCUGGCGUGCAGGCAAUUGAGAGUUCAUCGAACACAUGGAAGUAGGUUCGAUGUGUUUGUCGCUUCAGCACCCAUUAUUGAAGACUCCAGUGAUCUUCUGGUUGGACCUUGGGAUGUCGGUGGAGAUGAAUGCUUUUCAGGAGUUCUGGGAGAUAAAAAUCACUGGAAAGAGGUUCAGGAUUUCAGCUGUCCCACACUAGUCGCGGCGAAAGCAUCCGAGUCGCCCAAUUGGAGUCUGUUGCCUAUGGAGGAAUGGCUUAAGAGUUGA